GGCGCGACCAUCUCCUCGGCGUAGUCCAGGGUGAUCUUGGGAACUAUGCCGAAAGUAGUGUCUAGGUCAGUAGUCUGCUCUGACACUCGGGACCGGGAGGAGUAUGACGACGGUGAGAAGCCCCUCCAUGUGUACUACUGUUUGUGCGGCCAGAUGGUCCUAGUGCUGGACUGCCAGUUAGAGAAACUGCCCAUGAGGCCCCGGGACCGGUCCCGUGUGAUUGAUGCUGCCAAACAUGCCCAUAAGUUUUGUAACACAGAAGAUGAGGAGACUACGUAUCUGCGGAGACCUGAAGGCUUUGAACGACAGUACAGGAAGAAAUGUGCAAAAUGUGGACUGCUGCUCUUCUACCAAUCCCAGCCAAAGAAUGCUCCUGUUACCUUCAUUGUGGACGGAGCAGUAGUCAAGUUUGGCCAGGGCUUUGGGAAAACAAACAUAUAUACUCAGAAACAAGAGCCUCCUAAAAAGGUGAUGAUGACCAAACGGACCAAAGACAUGGGCAAGUUCAGUUCUGUCACUGUGUCUACCAUCGAUGAAGAGGAAGAGGAGAUUGAGGCCAGGGAAGUUGCCGAUUCAUAUGCACAGAAUGCCAAAGUGAUUGAAAAACAGCUAGAGCGCAAAGGCAUGAGCAAGAGACGACUGCAAGAGCUGGCCGAGCUGGAAGCCAAGAGAGCGAAAAUGAAGGGGACCUUGAUUGACAACCAGUUCAAAUAACCAGACUGUUUUCUGAGCCCUAGACUGGAGGCAGACAUUUAGAUCAAGAGGCAAAGUACUUUCUUGAUUACAUAGACUGGUUCCUGUUUAUGUCCUAGCAGAAGUCUUUACGUUGUUUCCCAUUGAUUUUCCUGCAUUCAGUGAGUUCUUUAACUGAGUCCAUUUGACCUGCUUUCUAGGAGAUGGAGUUUU